AUGCCAUUUGGAAUCUCAUCUGGUCCGGAAGAAUACCAACGAAGACAGCGAGAAUUUCUGGAUGGCUUGGAGGGUGUCAUAAACAUCGCUGAUAACAUUUGCAUUUUUGGAUGUGGAGAUACAGACGAACAAGCAAGUAAAGAUCACGAUAAGAACUUAAUUGCAUUACUGUACCGAUGUAGCGAACAUGACCUGCGAUUAUCAGCCAAGGAAAUCCAAUUCAAAUCCACUCUUUCAUGGGACACAUCCUCACCGACAAAGGCGUUGCCCCUGACCCAUCCAAAGUGAUUGCUAUACAAGAGAUGCCAAAGCCUGUCGACAGAAAUGGAGUUCAACGUUUGUUGGGAAUGUACCAAUACCUAUCGAAGUUUUGCCCAAAACUGGGUAAGAUUGUCUUACCAUUGCGAGAUCUAACUAGAAUAAACGUAGAAUUCAUAUGGACAGAUGUUCACGAAAGCGCUUUCAACUCGGCGAAAGAUUUCAUUGCAUCCAGCACUAUUCUGCAGUACUACGAUGUCACGCUACCUGUAACCUUGCAAGUAGAUGCUUCAGAUGAAGCAAUUGGUGGGGUUUUACUUCAGAACGGGAAGCCAGUGUGUUUUACGUCGCAUACUCUUGAUUCAACUGAAAGAAACUACGCGCAGAUUGAGAAGGAGUGUCUGGGCCAUCGUUAUACUUGUAUGAGCAAAUGGCACCAAUACCUCUACGGGAAGAAAAACAUCCUCGUUCACACAGAUCAUCAGCCACUGGAAACAAUCUUCCGAAAACCGUUAAGUAAAGCACCUAGACGACUUCAGCGCAUUAUGCUCAAGUUGCAACAGUACCAUUUCUCGGUCCAGUACAAAAAAGGGAAGGAGAUGUAUAUAGCCGAUACUUUGUCUCGAGCAGCUUUAGCCAAUCCCACGGCAAUGAGGACAAGUUAA